AUGCCCUUGCUCACCCAUUCCUUCUACCGCACAUCCCUCCCAGUCCUAGUCUCUCGUCGAAUUCUUUCUUGCUGUCAGAUUCCUUCUUCGCAUCCGCAUCCCCUCGUUCAACAUGCCUUCAGUCGGCGUCAAGUCUGCUCAAGACAGCAAAAGAGGGGCAAGAGGACCAAGGUCUCGGUCAACCUCGAUGAGUUACCCCAGGGGCUCAUUCCUCUAGAUCCGCUGCCCCUGGAGGAUGAGGCUCCCGCAUACCCCACCGUCGUGCUACAAGCCCGCGACAAUAUGCGGCGGUUCGAAAAUUGCGUCCUCCUGACCCGCGUAGGCGGCUUCUACGAACUCUAUUUCGAGCAUGCAGAGGAGUUCGGCCCUCUCCUGAACCUGAAGGUGGCUCAGAAAAGAACGAACGCAGGGCCUGUCUCCAUGGCUGGAUUUCCUUUCUUUCAACUGGAUCGCUAUCUCAAGGUACUAGUCCAGGACUUCAAUCGCUAUGUUGCGAUUGCUGAAGAGUUCCCAAAUGACCCUUCUAGUAAAGUCAGAGCGGGUGGGCUGAUGCACGAUCGAAAAGUUUCACGGAUUGUCACCCCUGGGACCUUGAUCGAUGAGAACUUUGUAGAUCCUUUCACCAAUAAUUAUGUACUUGCGCUUCAUACAGAAACUCACGGCAAAAGUCUUGCUGCAGAUCUGGAUGCUGGGGAUGAAGUCGACCAUCCUAGCCAUCUCAGCGAGCGCUCUUCCCUGCCGAUUGGACUUGCAUGGUUGGAUUUAUCUACUGGCCACUUCUUCACCCAAUCCACCACAUUAUCGACCCUGCCGUCUCUCCUGGCUCGUAUCGGGCCUCGGGAAAUAGUGCUGGAUGAAGAUCUCAAGACCUCUAAUGAUCGUGGCAUGUUCUCUAUCCUCAAGGAGGACGAUUAUCUUAUUACCUAUAUGAGCACCCCCGAAAUCAAACCCAUGUCCGAAUGGACGCCUAUGCUAGAGUCACCUGUGCCAAUCCAAAUGGCGAAUGAAUUCACGCCGCUGGAGAUCGCAGCCGGUAGUGCCUUGCUUCAAUAUAUCGAAACCCGAUUACAGGGUUCGACUAUGAAGCUCCAGCCUCCAUCACGACAGUUGGACGUGAUGGGGAUCGACAAAAACACUAUGAGAGCCUUGGAGAUCAAGACUACGAUAAGAGACGACCUCUUCGCUGGUAGUCUAUUACAUACCGUUCGACGAACCGUCACGAAAGGCGGGGCCAGAUUAUUAGACAGCUGGCUGACUUCCCCAUCAACCUCUCUGGAUGUGAUCAAGUCUCGGCUGGACCUGGUGACGCACUUUCUGAAUGACGAGACCCUGCGAGAACGCCUCACUAUUCUUCUACGACGAAGCCACGACUCUCAUCGCCUGCUGCAAAAAUUCGCCUUCGGAAGAGGCGAUGCCGAUGACUUGCUAGCAAUAGCAACCACGGUGUAUGCAACUCAGGAUCUGGUCUCUACAUUAGUCAAAGACAGCCGACCAGAAGACUGCGUCCAAGCCAUGGUAGCGCGCAUCCAUCUCGAUGGACCAAGUGUGCUUGCGAGCCGCAUCAAAGAAGCGAUAGACGAGGAAGGGAUCGUGCAACAGCAUCGGAUCGAAGAGCGGGAAGUCGAAGAGAUCCAAGCCCUAGCACAAGCAGUGGUCACUUCCGAAGGAUCCCAAGAAGAUUCCAAGAUCCUGCCCCGAGGCGCGCGGAAGAAGAAACCCACCAGCAUCCGAGAACAUUAUAUCGACAGCGAAGCCUGGAUCAUGAAGCCCGCAGCCAGCGAGACUCUCCAGACACUCCACCGAGACCUCGCCAUCUUAUCAGACGAGCGCGAUCUCCUCGCAAAAGAUCUAAGUGCUCGUCUAGGCGUCACCAGUCUAACACUCCGCUUCACCCCCGGCCUGGGCCACAUCUGCCACGUCAAGGGGAAAGAUAUGAAGAAGGACCUACUAUCAUCAGAAAUCAAGAGCGUCAGCUCCAGCAAAAGCACCCGCUCCUUCCACCAUCCCGAAUGGACCCAUCUCGGCCAACGCAUCGACCAAUGUAAAAUCCAUAUCCGCGCCGAAGAACAACGCGUGUUCAACGAUCUGCGCCAGCAAGUAAUAGCCAGUAUCGUGAAGCUUCGCCGGAACGCCGCCGUCCUCGACGAGCUCGACGUCGCUUGUUCCUUCGCCGCCCUCGCCGCGGAAAAGAACUGGACCCGCCCGAUCCUGACCCAGACAACCUCCCACAAAAUCAUAGCGGGACGCCAUCCGACGGUGGAAGGGGGACUCGAAGAACAAGGGCGGAGCUUCGUCACGAACGAUUGUUUUGUGGGCGAUGGGCAUCGCAGCUGGGUUAUCACGGGGCCGAAUAUGGCCGGCAAGAGUACGUUCUUGAGACAGAAUGCGCUCAUUACGAUACUGGCGCAGGUCGGCUCUUACGUCCCCGCUCAAUAUGCCGAGUUGGGCAUCGUGGAUCAGAUAUUUAGUCGCGUGGGCUCGGCGGAUAGCCUGUAUCGGGACCAGUCGACGUUCAUGGUUGAGAUGCUGGAGACGGCCACGAUAUUGAGGAAUGCGACGUCGAGGUCGUUUGUCAUCAUGGAUGAGAUUGGCAGGGGUACGACUCCAAAGGAUGGGGUUGCCGUGGCUUUUGCAUGUUUACAUCACCUCUAUCACGUGAACAAGAGCAGGACAUUAUUUGCGACGCAUUUUCAUGAUUUGGCCGAGAUGGUCAAGGAAGAUGGGGCGAUGGAGGGAGUGGGCUUCUACUGUACGGAUGUUGAGGAGGGCAUUGGUGGCGAGGGAUUCAGAUACGUGCAUCGAUUGAGAGAGGGGGUCAACAGGCAAAGUCACGCUCUGAAAGUUGCCAGGUUGGCGGGACUUCCAGAGGGGGCUAUUACUAUUGCGAAGAGGGUGUUGGAGAACAAUGCGGGAUCUGAAUGA